AUGCUUGGGAUUCUUUGAUUGACACCCCGGAGGAGCCAAUGAGAGGUGGAGUUGUCGUCUCGUGGCCAAUGAGCUGUGGAAACCAUGUCCGCUGCGCGUGGAAACAUCGGGGAUGUUGUGACGACUGUCGUUGCCCGUGUGUGGAUCAUAUUCAGCGUCUGUUCCGCGGUGGUUCGCGGGCAGGAGGGUGAUGGCUGUGGACACACGCUACUGGGCACAGAGUCUGGUACCUUGGCCUCUCAGAACUAUCCAGGCACCUACCCCAGUAACACUUGGUGUAAGUGGAAGCUUCGAGUGGCAGAAGGCCGCACGCUGCAACUCUUGUUUGGAGAUUUUGACGUUGAGAGCAGCCCGGGCUGCCGCAAUGGCUCCCUCGUGAUCACAGACAAAAAUGGAGAACGCUGGCUGGGUCCAGUGUGUGGGAAGCUUGAUGAAUUGCAGAAGAAUGUGACACUCAAAAGCAAUGAAGUGAUAAUAACCUUCAUGUCAGGGCUGCACCGCUCUGGACGAGGGUUUCUGCUGUCCUACACCACAGACCAGUAUCAAGAUCUCAUUUCUUGUUUACAACGAGGAUCUCAUUUUAACUUGCAGUCAUUUAGCGUUUACUGCCCUGCUGGGUGUAAGAAUGUCACAGGGGAUGUGUGGGGGAACUCUGAACUGGGUUACAGAGAUACCUCCGUGCUUUGCAAGUCUGCUGUCCACGCUGGAGCUACGUCUGAUAAUAUGGGGGGUCGUGUCACUCUGACUCGUGAUAGAAGUCUCAAACACUAUGAAUCCACCUUUGCCAAUGGAGUCCUCUCUAAAAUGGGAUCGUUAUCUGAGAAGAAGCUGCUCUUCAGCCAAGAAUGCAAAAACAUCCUACCUGUUUCCGGCCUUAAUUCCUCGACUUUCUGGAACAUAAACAGCCAUGAGUUCCCAUUCUGGACAGCAGAAAAUAAUGAUGCCAACCCAUGGGUGGAGCUGGAGCUGAGUGAUAGAAGCACCAUCACAGGAAUUAUAACAAUCGGAUUCACGGAGUACUACACAGAAUCCUACAUUCUUCAUUUCAGCAAAGACAGAAAGAAUUGGAAGCUCUACAAAAGUGCUUUCAGCAAAGAAAGCAAGGUGUUUCAGGCGUAUAACGAGGGUCACCUCAGGGUUCUCAACAGCUUGUUUCCACCUGUGGUUGCUCGGUUCAUUCGGCUAAAGCCGCUGAGCUGGCAUGGCAGAGCCUCAGCUCAGGUCCAGGUCCUGGGUUGUCCUGUAACAAAGCUCACACCAAGGUCCCACUCACCUCGAGUUACCUUGGGAAUGCCGCGCCCAAGCCCCUCUCCCACCCCCACAAAGAACCCAGUGUUAGUGGAGACAAGCAACAGUCAGCCGGUAAUCGUGGCAGUGGUCCUGGGGUUGAUAAUAUGCGUGAUUUGUUUGUUUGCUGGUGUCUGGUGGAAGAGAAGAAAAAAAGAAUCACAAAUGAAGUACUCUUUAUCUAAAGUAGGUUGUCAGAGUUUCCAGGCAAAGAGUGUCCCCUGCACGCAAUCUGAGCUUUUCUCCUACCCUCUGGAGCGAAAUGUCCACGAUGCUCUACCUAGCCCUCCUCUCAAUGACUACGCAGAGCCCACUGUUGCAGCUCUUGGACAGAAGGUUGGGUCGACAUUUAGACCCUCCUCAGACGAGGGCUACACCACCCCCUUCAUCUUGAACCAUUAUGACACUCCUGGCAACCUGCCAGAGUAUGCCGAGCCACUUCCCCAUGAAUCCGAGUACGCCACCCCAUUCGGCGAUCAGCCCUCUGAGUCCAACCUGGCAAAUUUGACUGGGAUGCUUCAGAGCAAUACACACAGACCUCCUGUGCCAGUGCCACUGCCCGCGGCUAGUGCCAGGACAACAUACAGCCACGCUCAGUAUGACUGCCCCUCACACAGAAUUCUAUCCAACGGUUAUUGCACUCCUGCUGUACACGUCAGUGGCCCAAGAACCGUCAGCACAGUCUACGCUGAGCCCAAGUCAUGUGACUCUUUAUUACAGAAUCACACAUACGAGGAGCCUUUGUGAGCUCAACUCGGACACAGAGAACAUAAAGACUCUCUUGAGCUAAACGUGCAGUGGGACCAAAGGAGCACUAACACUGACAGAGCUGAACUUCCAGUGAGGAGUCACUUUGGACCUCUAUGCAUAUGUGAUGUUACAGAAUAAUCUGAAAACCAUGUGGACAGUUAUUUCCCUCCAGGAAAUAUGUAUUUGUACAGUGGAAAUAUCCUAUGAUGCACAAGGAAAGUCCAGGUUCAGUUGUGUCUAAGAUAAUGUUUAUUGAUGUCAAUUGUCAUCACACGCUGCACUUUCAGAAAACACAUACAGUAAUGUAUGUGUCAGUCUGUUUAACAGGUUAAUGCAAACAACUGAAUGUAACUUGAACAUUUCAACAUGUUUUGUAAAAGGGGAAACAUUUAAGAAGCACUAUGAAUGGUUCACUGUAACAAAGUGGUUAAGAUGUUGCUGUGAUUUUAAAAACAUUGGGUGGCUCUCUGAAUAUCUAACAAUUAUAUUGUUGUCUUCAAUCUGCUGGUUGUUGUUCCUCACAAAACCUAUAUCCAUUUAUAACAUACAUAGUAAAGUAACAAACAAACACUGGUUUAAAAUAAAUGAUUAAAUUAUGGUAUAAUACAGAAAGGCACAACAGGCAAGCUUAUGUCAUUAUUGGGACAGAGGACUUUAGAUGUGAUCCAAACUACUGCAGUGUCCUUGAGCAGGACUCGAACAAACUCGAGAGCUGUCACCACAACAACAAAACCUUAAAACUGGAGAAGGCUGCUAGUGUGUGGCCUCUUCAUUGCUUUUCGAUUUCUGUUAUUUAACAGCAUCUUAACCACAAAUGAGAAGCACAAAUAAAGUAAAAGUAUGUUCUAAGAGUCAUAAACAG